AGCGGACCUUCCGAUUUGUGAGGCAAGGCAUGACUGGAUUUGGGGGGAAAUCGAGACUGAAAAAUCCUAUCAGCCUCCCUUUUGCGUCAGCGGUGUUAGGUGACAUACAAAUUUCCAGUUUGGCGGGAAUUUUACUUCUACGUUUGCUUGCCAGUUCUGACGCAUCACCAUCAUAACUCUUUUGGAGCCUCAAGAGAUCAUCUCCCACUGACGAAAAACCGCCCCUCAAUCUGAACACACAAAGUUCAGCAGCCAUCGGAAACUAUUGUUAACGCAACAAGCCACAAGGGGAAAACCCCCCAUUCAAGUACUGACAGAAAGAGAUUAAAACUACUCGGAAACUCGAGCACAUUCGACCAGAACAAGAUUUUUUGACAUCACAGAGUCGGAGACGCAUCUACGAACCACUACGUUCCACGAAGUCAUAGCUCUGACCGACGAGUCUCAGCAGCCCUCAUCUCGAGGCGCAAGCUCAUAAACGACAACUUCUUUGCCCUGUCUUCGACACUAGGUCUGCAUCCGCUGCAUCACAGACACCAUGGUCAAAGAAACCAAGCUCUACGAAACCCUGGGUGUUGCACCCGAUGCCACAGAACAACAGCUCAAGAAGGCAUACAAGGUGAAUGCGCUCAAGUUCCACCCAGACAAGAACGCCAACAACCCCGAGGCCGAGCAAAAAUUCAAGGAAGUUUCACACGCGUAUGAGAUUCUCAGCGAUCCGCAGAAGAGGCAAGUCUACGACCAAUAUGGCGAGGCUGGCUUGGACGGCAGCGGCGGUGGCGGUGGCAUGGCGGCCGAGGAUCUGUUCGCUCAAUUCUUUGGUGGCGGCGGCUUUGGUGGCGGCCUAGGCGGCAUGUUCGGAGGAGGAGCACAACGCGGACCGCCAAAGGCCCGCACCAUCCACCACACUCACAAGGUCUCGCUCGAGGAUAUCUUCCGCGGCAAGAUCUCCAAGCUCGCCCUGCAGCGGUCCAUUCUCUGCCCCAAGUGUGACGGUCGCGGAGGUAAGGAGGGUGCCGUCAGGCGCUGCCACGGCUGCGAUGGUCACGGUAUGAAGACCAUGAUGCGCCAGAUGGGUCCCAUGAUCCAGCGCUUCCAGACUGCCUGCCCCGACUGCAAUGGUGAGGGAGAAAUCAUCAACCCCAAGGACAGGUGCAAGGGCUGCAACGGAAAGAAGACCAUUGUGGACCGGAAGGUGCUUCACGUGCACGUCGACCGUGGCGUUAGGAGCGGUACACGGAUCGAGUUUAAGGGCGAGGGUGAUCAAGCGCCCGGGUUGGAGGCUGGUGACGUUGUGUUUGAGAUUGAACAGAAGCCACACCCGCGGUUUACCCGGAAGGAGGAUGACCUCUUGUACAAUGCCGACAUUGAGCUUGUCACCGCCUUGGCCGGCGGCACCAUCUUCGUCGAGCACCUGGACGAGAGGUGGCUCAGCAUCGAGAUUCUGCCAGGAGAGGCGAUUGCACCAGGGGCGGUCAAGAUGGUACGUGGCCAGGGUAUGCCUUCACCCCGUCACCACGACAUGGGCAACCUCUACAUUCAGUUCAACGUCAAGUUCCCCGAGAAGAACUGGACCGAGGAUCCGGCAGCAUUCGAGGCCCUCAGUAAGUUGCUGCCAGCACCGUCUCUGCAAACUGUUCCUCCGCCAGACGCCAUGACCGAGCCUGUCGACUUGCAAGACCCCGAGGGACAGGCCGGAGCUAGGGCUUUCGGCUCGGGUCCCAUGUCCGACGAAGACGACGAGGAUGGACACCCCCACGGUGCUGAGCGUGUCCAGUGCGCAUCACAGUAAGCACAUCGGCGUGGGUACGGUUUGAUACAGUGGAUUUAGCCGAGGAACUUUGAGCCCCGAGUGAAAUGGUCUUAUUAUCCCAUGAAUGCUUGUAUAGCUCAUCAUCAGUCAAUGCUGCUCCAAGCUAUGGAUGAAUGACAGUCGGGUAGGAUGAAUUGCAAACGAGACCAUAAUAAUGAUCAUGGGGAAGAGAGUUCAGGGAGUGUUGACUCCAGGCGCAGUUGGGAUGUUUAUGGAGCUAUGAGACAUACGGGGUGCGGGGAACUUUGCUUAGAUAUGCCCUCCAGGUGGAAGAGGUUAUGGGCUUCUUUUUUUCUGUCUUUUUUUUGCUUUUUGCAUGGACUCAAGAGAGCCUGUAUUGUUUGUUGGUUCUUCGGGUUCUUUUUUCUUUUUCUUUUUUUACCGGAACCUUGCCUGCCCCAUGUCUCCUCCAGCUUUUUCUUUUUUCUUUUCUUUUCUUGAUUUGUCUCCCGUCCACACAUCAUCCAACCUUAUGAUAUUUUGGCCGGCGGCGUUUAGAGGGCAAAUUAGAACGAGAAGGCAUACGAGGCACUUAGCCAUGCUAUUUUUUUUAUUUUUUUUUCUCUUUUUCGUUGUUUUGCACCACCCGUGUUGUGCUUGACAUAUUUGCGAAAUUUGGAUUAUGGCCACUCUUGCUAUGUGUCUUUUGUAACGCGGGCGCACUGUUUGUCGCUUCGUUCACGGUAUAAUAC